UGAUUGAGGGGAGGGAGAAGUGUGAGAGAGAAAGAAUAGUGAGGGAGGGGAGGGAGAAGUGUGGGAGAGAAGUGAGAGAGCGUAUGCAGCGCGUAUGCAGCGUGUUGGUAUCUCCCCGUAUCUCCCCGUAUCUCCCCGUGUCUCCCCGUGUCUCCCCGUAUCUCCCCGUAUCUCCCCGUAUCUCCCCGUGUCUCCCCGUGUCUCCCCGUAUCUCCCCGUAUCUCCCCUAUCUCCCCGUAUCUCCCCCGCAUCUCCCCGUAUCUCCCCGUCUCUCCCCUAUCUUGUUGGCGUACUUGAGGAGACACAUCUCUUUUCGCACACAUAGCAGGGGUGGGAGUGAGGGGGUACGGGGGGAGGGGGUGUGUGCAGCGCGUAGGCCCGAGCCGCCCAAGGGUUGGGGCGCCAACCACAUCUUCACUCACGGCGACGAUGUUGGGACCGUCGCCCUCGCCGCCGCGUCUGCCGCCGGGCUGCGCGCGGGCAAUCGUGUCACGCUCGGCGCGCCGCGCGACUGGGAGUACUUCAAGUUUGUGUUUCGCUCGAGCCUCUUCGGCAUCGUCACGCUGGUCGACCACCUCUACGGCGUGCACCUGCAGGUCUCCAACAUCUUUACGAUGGCGAUGCGCGAGCAGCUCUCCAAGGACACGCCGCUCCGCCGUUUCCUCGUACCGUUCACCUACGGCGCCGUCUUUACACUCUUCCUUACGACCUCACAAGACGAGGAGGAAUACACACGACAACGGCUCCUAGGCACCAUCGCCAUCAACGACGCAGCACGCGUCACCCUGGAGGGUCUGCAGCUGGCGUGGGCGAACGCGUACCGGCACCUUCCCGGCGGCGUGGAGCUCAAGGUCGAGCUCACCGAGCGCGCCUUCCUCCAGACCAUCUUCGACCGCAAGGCGUACAUCGACAUCCGCAUCGAGUCGGGCGUGGACACGCAGUACUACAAGCAGGCGCUCGAGUACUGGGCGAUGGGAGGCAUUCAGGCGACGUCGGACGUGCUGGUCAUCGGCGACGAGUCGCUGCCGCAUGCGUGGGAGUCGUUUGCUCCGGCGGAAAAGUACACGAUGGUGAUCGACGCGAUCACGCGCUUCAUCGACGUCGUGACCGCGGGCCACGAGCAGGCGGGAGAUGCGCGGGGCCCGGUGCAGGCGUACGCUCUCCAGGCCUCCAAUCGCCAACUCUUCAGCUUUUCGCAGGUGGGCAAGGUGCAGGCGUACGCUCAGGACGCCUCCUUCGCCUCCUUUUCUUGGGCCGCCUCGCUGCGCCCCCGGUGGGCCGGAGGGACUGGGGAGGGCGUCCUCGCCGCGCCAAAGGAGGUUGCGACCGGGCAGGCGCUGAUCAUGGCGCUCACUUCGACGCCGAUGCCGGAUCUGGUGGCGGCGGCCGGGGGCGAGCAGGACUGGUCCAAGAUCUUUUGGGCGGCGGAUGGCGAGCAGCGCGCGCAGCUCGACGAGGUUUAUGUGCAGUUCCAGGACAGGCUGCGCGCCUUCUCGGCAAAGUGCCAGGAGGUGAAUGAGGACGCGCUGGCGGCGUUCGAGUCCGGGCAGCAGAACGUCGCCGGCAAGCCGCUGGUCAACUUUGGCCUCUGGUCGCAUGACCCGCAGUACCUCGAGACCAGCGUCAGCAUCUGAAGGAUGCGCCGCCGCGAUCCCAGCCCCCCCCCCCCCCCCUCCCCCGCCCCCCUAUGCACCCUCGUGCUCUAUUCCGGCGCGACACGCGCCCGGUCGUGGCGCAGCCUCCCCAUCCCCUGCACACCUACGGGGCCUUACUGUACAAUGACCCUCCUUCCACCGCGCGCACGGCCCGGCAGUCGCUCUCCAUCGCAUGUCCAUGUGUUGAAACGGGUUGGCGCGAGCGCGUUGCACGACGCAUCACCACGCGCUCUCACCUCGCUCCGCUCUCUCGCAACUACGCGGAUAUGUAAGGAUGAAGAAAAUCCAUCUGGAC